AAGAGUACGUGUCGAAAGGAGAAAGCAUGAAGUGUUUUGACGCUUUGAAAAUGGAUCUUUCGUGGUUUUCUGUGUUGGUUUUGGCCUUUUUCGAAAUCAUAGCCGCAUCAGAUAUGAAUUAUGAGUUUGUAACAUGUGGCUCAGUUCUGAAAUUGAUGAAUCAACAGCAUCAAGUACGCCUUCAUUCUCAUGAUGUUAAAUAUGGCUCUGGUAGUGGUCAACAGUCAGUGACUGGUGUUGACACUUCAGAUGAUCAUAACAGCUAUUGGCAGAUUCAACCUAAAACAGGAGCUACUUGUAACAGGGGAAUUCCUAUUAAAUGUGGUCAAAGUAUAAGACUGAUGCAUUUAUCAACCCAACGAAAUUUACAUAGCCACCAUUUUCAAUCACCAUUGUCUAGAAAUUUGGAAGUCAGUGCUUUCGGUGAUGAGGGCGUCGGUGAUGAAGGUGAUAAUUGGGUAGUCACAUGUUCCAGUAAAUAUUGGAGUAGACGAGAUCAAGUUAGAUUUAAGCAUGUCGUCACUGAACAUUAUUUACAUGUGAGUGGUGACACGUUUGGCCGACCAAUCAGUGGUCAGAGGGAAAUCAGCGCCUACCCAAACCCUAAUAGUUUAAAUUACUGGCAAGCCGCGGAAGGUAUCUUCGUCAAGCCAGCCCCAGACCCAAACACUGGCAAAACUUUCACCCAUGAUGAGUUAUGAUCCAACUAAUUUAUUUGUUUAUGAUCU